AAAAUCUUGAGCGUCCUCUCAGGCAGCAACCUUGUGGAUAUUUUCAGUAAAAUGGUUUCAGAAAAGUCCAAAUUUACCUCCACAAAUGCAAUCUCAGAAGAUGAUGACGAUACACACCUGAUGAAUUCAAUGGAAGAAAAAAUAGAAAACUCCAAAAUAAAUAUUUUGGAAAACAUAACAAUUUCAUCACUUAAGGACCCCAAAGAACAAUUACAAAAAUUCUACCCCGAUUUGAAGUUAGAGAGUAUAAAAACCGAUAUUAAAUCGAAAGAUUCACACGACAUUUACCUGUUACGAGUGCCCAAAAACGUGGACCCGCAGGCUCUAAUAGAAGCCGACAUAAACAUGCAAGACGGUGGUAAAAUCAACAUAGGAGAGAAGUAUUUAGUCAAACCCACUUCGAAGGUGCCUCCGCCUAUGAUGGUAUUGAGCAAUUCGAAGAACGUGUUCCAUUUCAAAGGCAAUAUCGUAAUGGAGAAGUACGUGAAGCCCCAGAAAGAACCGAUAAUACCCAUUAAGGAGAAAUCGAGCAUCGCGCUACCAAAUAACCUGAAGAAUCGACAUCCUCUCUUCGGCAACGACUUCGAAGACAAGAUACAUUUACCCCAGCAAGUCGAAGAUAAAUUAAACACCGCCAUUAAGAAGUUCCUCAAGCAGGAAAAGAAAGCCCAAGAGAAACGAACUAAAGUCGAGGAAGUGGAAAGAGAACCCGUCUUUAAUCUACUCAAUUCGAAUAGCAGCAAAUCCGAUAAAAAGAAGCCUACAAAGAGCGAGUUAAUAGAGGAGACCUUGAGGCUUAUGAAGCAGGAGAUCAAUUCGGACGGUUCGGUUAAAAAGAAAAAGAAGAAAAAUAAGGAAGCAUCCUCUCCGGUCGUUGUUAAAGAAGAAUUCCCGUCCGAUCAGGAGUGGGCGAAGAAAUCGAAAAAGACCAGCGUGAUGAACAGCACCCUAUUGCCCAGCGUCGACGAUACGCCCAGAUUCAUCUCGGAGAUCAGCAAAAUUUCUGAUGAUUUCCUCGAAACCACCCCGAAAGCUUCCAAAAAGAAAUCCAAAACUAAAGGGAAAAUGCAACUAUAAUAUAAAUCAGUUAAUUUUAAACACAUUGAUUCGUUUUAUAGUAAAUUUUCGCAUUGAUUUAAGUUUGUUUCAUAAUAUAAUUUUAUUCAUAAA